CUCUUCGCAAAUCUUCCGUGUCGACAGCACAGUUGAAAAUCACAAUAGCAUACCUAUCUCGACGCAUCCCUGCUCGAUUCCCGCAGCGCAAAUCCCAUGGCGCAGAUGUGCUACGACGAGUCAUAGUCCUCUUUCAUCGUCACAUUCCGCGUCUUUUCCCACCAUACUGAGUCGGUAUGCCUGCUCCGGCUGGAACCAAACGCGUACGCGGCGUUCAGGUCUACCGCCCUUUCGUCUACGGUACCGAAGCGAUCCCUUUCGACCCUGAGAAUAGGCCCAAGGACGCACCAGCCGAUCAUACUCACAAAUGGAAAGUGUUUGUCCGCGGGAUCAACAACGAAGAUAUAUCCUACUGGCUUAAGAAAGUCCAGUUCAAAUUGCACGACACAUACGCCAAUAGUGUGCGAAUGAUUGAAAGUCCACCAUUUGAGGUAGAAGAGACGGGCUGGGGUGAAUUUGAGAUUGCAAUCAAGUUCUACUUUGUCCCAGAAAGCACGGAGAAACCGCAACAGAUCUGGCAUGGUCUCAAAUUACACCCCUACUACGGGGACGUUGAGCAGCAAAAGCGCGACAGGUCGAUGAUCAGCAGCGUUUGUUAUGAAGAGGUCUUGUUCAACGAGCCUGUAGAAGCCUUCUACGACAUUCUCACAGGCGGCCCCCAAGCGACGAAGUCGAAGGGCGGAAAAGGCUCGAAAGCUCAGAUCAAGGCGCUACCCACGGCAGAGAUACCCAUGAAAAGUGGUGGAGGUAACAAAUUCAGCAGGGAAGAAGAAGGUAAAGAGUUGGAUCGGCUGGGUGAGGCAGUAAAGAAAGUGCAGGCGAUGAUUGCGGAAGAGAAAGCCAAAUUGGUAACCGAAGAAACCAAACUGCAAGAGCUGGAAAAGACUGAAGGAAAACCCAUCAAAAAGAAGUGAAAUGUGGAGCGGACCGACGCCGACUAUUUCUCGGGGGAAAUGCCAGGCACAUAUAUGGGAGGUCGAGCCUUGAGUCGCUUUGACAGCAAUAACCUGGCUGUGGAAGUAAGUGAGAGUGGCAUUUCAGACGAUUUGUUCUAUUUCGUCGGCACUCAUCAAGGCAGCUCGUCUAUUCAGUGCAAGCAAUAUCUCGAUCUGCUGUCUUACCACCAUAAGCGACCCUCUGUUUGAUCGAUACACUUCCACAACAGGACUUGUUAGCCGGAGACCCCGCCUCUAAAGUUGUCAGAAACACCCUCAAAUCUUUUGAAUGAAGUAUCCAGGCUCAUGGAACAUGUUCCCGAGCGUCUGCUUCAGGAGGGGUCAGGCAUCGCCAGGCUCUCCAGGUUGAGCUUCCACUUUGGCGGACUGAUUGCACAUGAUCAGUUGCUCUUUGUUGGCCUUCUUUCUGGCAGUUGGUGACUAUAUCAUGUCUCUAAGCACCACUAAUAUCAGGUUCAGGGACGGAAGGACACUGUCCUUUUGACUGCACCAGGUCGAUCCUCCAGGACCUAAAUGACUUGAGCAUGCCUCACCUGCUCAAUCCGGAGUCCUUGAGCCAUGUCGCACGGGAGGCAUCUGUAGAGAGAGCAUCAUGCGUUUCACGGGAAGCUGAAUUCAGGGCCCUCGCUUUCCUCUACCGUGAGGCAGACAUAUUCAACAAAGACAUCCUUGGACGCACCUGUGCCCUUUAUUCCGACUUUUGGGAGUGGGCCAUCCAGGACUUGAGACAUCGGGUCUUCGUUUUAUAUGACUGCAAGUCUUCGCGCUGAAAAUGGUCAAGGAGGAGUGCGCCGCGAGGCUGAAUCGCAUAGAGGGAUUUGCGUAUGUCAUCAUUGACCAAAGUUUUGGCCUACAAAGUCUGGCCACACCAUUCACGUCAAUACUGCGAUACACAGGACAAGCACAAUACGCUAAAUUCACAGAUUCCGCACGAGUGGUUCCGAGUAUCAAAUACGGCCGUCCAGUACCUACUUCUCAUAGAGAGGAGUGAUUCCCUCAGUAGUCUGGAAUUAAUGCUCCUCGCAAUGUCUUGUUUUUAUAUAGUCGAGACAAAGAGGUAUUUAUCCCAAAACAUGCUAGGUC